GGUCGACGACGGACGAGCCUGGGGCACAACCUACGUCAGUACGCCAGGUUCAGUGUACGUACGAUGUCAAGGUCCAGUAUUUAAUCACUAAAACUGUAACGACGCGUCACUCUUUAGACCGGUUAGGUUAUCUGUUUCGACACCUGGACGUUUACGGACCUCUACCCCACCAUCGCGUUGCAAAGUUUGGAAAACUGCAGCUAUGCUGACUCGAGCAAGAAAGCGGGCUCAGAUAUCUCUGGCCCCGCCUCCGCCCGUGAAGGGUACAGUCGAGGAACUGCCACCCCCGCCGCCGCCGCCCCCGCCCCCGACGACGCUCCUCUCGCUGCCCGACGUGCCGCUAGUGGAGGUGCUCUCCCACUUGUCGGUGGAGGACCUGGUGCGCGCCGGGCAGGCGACCCCCAGGCUGGGCGCGCUCACCAGGGCGCACGCGUCGCUGUGGCGCGGGAAAGAUAGGAGUUACAAGAAGUACUACUUCGAGGACGUCGCCGCGAUGUCGGCGCUGCUGCGGGCCGUGCCGCCCGUGUACAAGUUGAAGUUCACCGUGCACCGUUCUCCCAUGAUUGUCGUCCAGUUAAAGUGCUUCACCAGGCAAACUCAGCUGAAAGCCUUCACCACGUUGGCAGUGCAGGCCAUCACCGCAGAGCGCUGCGUCAGCAUAAUCCAGGAGGUUAAGGCUCACCUGGAGUACCUGGAGAUCUCGGGUCUUGAUCGUGGGCUGGAGGUUCUCCUGCUUAGCUUACGAUCCACCCGCCUCCUGCGAAAUCUGGACGUCGGCUUGGAAUCCUAUUUUUUAAAAUGUAUCUUCAGCUGGCCGCAGGCGUGGGCGUUGCCUUACCUGCACCACGUGUCCUUGGCAAGUACCGGCGAAUACUACGACGGCUCUCGACAGCAGCGGGGACCUGAUCACACCGUACUCCAAGCCUUCAGCUCGCUGCUGCUGGCGCACACUCGUACUGUGCGCUGCUUGAACCUGAAGACGUUGGAAAUGCUGCCGUUGCUGCCGCUGCUGGACUCCCGUCCUGGCGGACUCGAUCGGCUGCUCGUGACUGUGACUGUGCCCUCCAGACCGGCCGUGGUGCUGCAGCCAGUGCAAAGGCUCCAGGAUCUGAGGAUCCUCUCGACUGACUGCGGGAUGAUGAUACUCAAAAACCAGAUUAUCUCGUUGCUGGAGUCGUGCAAGGGCUCACUGCAACGCCUGGAUGUCGGAAGCUGCCGUUCGCUGACGCUCCGCGUCCUGGCUGGCGCGCAGCUCGGCGGCCUGAAGCACCUAGUUCUCAGAUUUGGUUUCACGGAAUGUCGCCUGGAGCCGAACGCUCUGCAGGCGGCGCUGGCGAGCCUGCCCAACCUCCACUCUCUCCACAUCCUGAAGCUACGGACGCCGCCGCCGCCCGAGGCGCUCGCCUGCAUCCCCGCUGGAGCCAUCCCGGCACUGAGCAUCGUGUUCUUCACGGACAGCUUCACGGCUGAACAGGACGCCGACCCUUCGUCUGACUACGCGGGCUUUGCACAGUGCCAGGACCUCGUGCGCAGGUCCCCGAUGCCGCUCCACGUAGUUGUGAAGGUGACCUGGCGUAAACCUCUCGUCUUGGUUCCUCAUGGUGAAAGGUGCAUCCUCUUCUUCAAACACCCAACGACGGCCGAACCGGAUGCGGCCUUGUGUACCCUAUGCGCCGAAGCCGAAACUGCUUUACGUUCGCAUUGCUUCAGCUACGGCGUCGCCGUGAAAAUUGACGAUCGUGUUCAAGUGCAGUAGCCCACACAGACAAUUAACUGCAAUUAACUGGCCGAGCCACUCCCCCGCUCUCACCGCGGCUAACUUUUGUUCGUUUACCUAAGCUCUAGCCUAGCCCUUGAUGCAAUGAAUAAAAUAGUAUUAUC